AAGCACAAACACAGGAGUCUGAGUAUUGACUUCAGAUCUGCUUCACAGUCAAGAAUGAUGAAGGUUCUGUUGCUGGCUCUUGUUCUCGCACUGGUGUUUGCCAAUGGAUCUUCCUUGGUAUGUAACAGAUGUGUCCCCUCCAGACCUGGAGGAAGUUGUGUGACCACUAAAGAAACCUGUGGCUAUAAACAAGACACGUGUGUAUCUGCCAGGUUCACCAUACAACCCUAUUCCUACUUCCGGAGGUGCAUCAGCAUGGCAGACUGCAUAAUUCUUCAGUCCAGUCCCCAUAUGUCAGCCAGAUGCUGUCAGACGGACCGCUGCAAUUAACCAACCCAUCAUUCAAACCCACAGAACUUACAGGAAAAUACAAACUGGUGGCAUUUAAGAAGUGCAUUUCGGAGAAUUAAUCUUUAGAAUUAAUGGUAGUAACACAACAAUAGAUUAAUAUUUACAGGAUGGCGUAAACCCUUUAAAUUAGAACUUGGGUAAUUGUAUGAGCACAUAAUGACCUUAUGAUUGAAUGUAAUACAAUUUCAUUUUUCAAAAAUGUUCAAAAUGCAUGAAUAAAAUGUUGAACUAAAGGUGCAGUAGG